AUGACGGACCGCUUGUUAUCUUCACCAUUCAGUCUCAUCCGCUGUUAUGCUGGAGUCUUCUUCCUUUUUUCAAGUGUACAUGGCUUUUCAUCGUUUCAUGUUCCGUUGGGUCCAAGAUGCCCUUUGGAUAUGACUUUGUCGGCGGCGGCAUUAUCCACCAAAUCAACAUUAUCAUCAUCAUCAUCGUCGUCCUGCUCAUCCAACUGGGACGAGACUGGAAAGUGCAAGUUUGGCAAAAAGGCUUAUUGGGAUUCCGUUUAUAAAGGAGAUGGUGAUAAUGGGGCAGAUGAUAUACCUUCCGAAACUUACAGCUGGUAUUGUGGAUUUGAUGAAUUGAAGCCUUUCUGGAACAUGUUGAUGGAACCACUGCUGCUGUCGUUGACAACCACCAGCAGCAGCAGCAGCAGCACAGAUGACGACGACGAGGAGAAGCAAGUACGGCGACGAAAGAAAUCAGACACUCAAGUACUGGUAGCAGGAAUUGGAAACGACCUAGCCCCUGUGGAAUUAUAUGAUGAUGGCUGGACCAAUAUGGUAGCCUUUGAUUAUUCCCAAGCCGGAGUGGACCGUGCCAAGGAAUUGUUUGGAACAAGUCGGUCAAAGGUGGCCUUGCUGCAGGCAGAUGCUCGUCAAUUGCCCUUGGAAGAUGGUGCAGUGGAUGUGGUCUUUGACAAGGGGACCUUGGAUGCAAUCUAUAUUACUGGGGAACAAGAGUUUCAAGAUUCCGUCAAAGAAUUGACGCGAGUCACUGGCAAGGAUGGCGUCUUUGUGUGCGUCAGUGCCGUGAUUCCGCCCGAGACCUUGUUGGAAGCAUUUCUUGACAACAAUAGGAUUAGUAGUAGCAGUGAAGAGGAUUCCUGCUGUUGUUGGGACACAAUUCUUGAUGGCGGCCUGGCAUUUGCACCCGAUGGGGAAGCCACCAUUGAUCUCGGGGCUCAGCUGUAUGCCUUUCGAAGACGAGAAGCGAGUAGGAGCCACAGCGGAUCACAGAGCGUUCAAAUCGGUACUACCUAG